AUGCAGUCGGCCCAGUGGAUGUUGGUAUCGUGCGCAGCCCAGAGAGCAGGUCUUAUCCGACAGCUCUCAGGAUCCUUCAAGAUGUUCUGGGCAUGUCUAAAGACCCAACUUCACUUCUCUCCAAUAUCGGCUCUCUAUGCAGAUCAUGGGCAGGCUAGAAUGGUAUCAAACUGCUACGAUGUUUGCGAUAGUAACACGAAUGCAUGGCUCAUUUCGAUCAACACUCAUUCGCUUAUGGCUACCAUCUACGUCUACCCUUCUGAGUCAGUUAAUCUCACAAUACGCUCACACGUGUACGUCGUUGAGAAGGACUUCAGCGGCUUAACUCAUGUGUCGUAG